ACCCUAGAAGUGACUAACCCAACGGUUGUGAUUGAUGGGUUUUGCAAACCGACAAGUAAGGACCCCAUUGACUGGUAGUGAGCCAAUAUAUGAACGGUCUGAUUGGAAGGGUUGACCAUCAAGUUUGGUCCCACUUUAUUGCCGGGUAAACCAUCUUGUGUUUGUCUGCUAACGGGGAUUUUGCUGGUAUAUUAAUGGACUUUGAGCUGCAUUUGCCUUUUCAUUUCCUUCUUCUCCCUCUCUCAAAUGUAUGAAGUAGACAACCCUGAUGAGACGAACAGCAUCUAAGCAAUUUUGAUAUCUGAUUUGAUUGGCAAUUUGAUCUUCAUACCUGAGGCAAGGAUUAAAGCAAUAAAAUGGAUCAGGAAGACGGCCUAUGUCCAGACAACUGGGCAAAUUCUUCCCCCAGAAAUGAAUUGGCGAAAGAAAUUUCGUCAAAUCAUCCAUCUUUUUCCAGUUUCAAUUCUCGGCAGCACCAGAAAAAGUGGGAAGAGCCAUCCAUUUUAGACUACGGCAUCGGGAUUGAAUCGUCUUUCCAAGAAUUCAACCAGACUUCCAUAACCCAGUCUUCACUUCCUCACGACCCCAAUAAUCAAAAUAAAAUUUCGGAUCAAGAGAAUGCACAGAUACAAGAGUCAUUCCAAGCAAAUAAAAUCCAAGAUUGGGAUCCAAGUGCCAUGCUGAACAAUCUUUCUUUCCUGGAGCAAAAAAUUCAUCAGCUCCAGGAUUUAGUACAUGUGAUUGUUGGUAGGAGAGGUCAAGUUCUUGGGCGACCAGAUGAUCUCAUGGGUCAGCAACAGCAGCUUGUAAUUGCUGAUCUCACUUCAAUUAUUGCUCAACUGAUCUCCACUGCAGGUAGUCUUCUCCCAUCUGUGAAGCAUUCCCUUUCUGCUGGUAUGCCUUCAAUGGGAUUGCUCGGGCAGCUUGGUGGGGUUAGCUUUCCUCCGGGGCCUGGCAUGAAUAGUAGUGUUCCUUCACAAAAUAAUGGUGGGAGCAAAUUUCCCGAGCAGUCUAACCAGACUGAUUUGACUGCUAAAUAUGGGGCUGAGCAUAACUACCACAUCGAAGAGCAUGAAUCAAAAGACGAGGAGGAUGCUGAUGAAAGUGAAAACCUUCCACCUGGGACCUAUGAAAUCUUACAAUUAGAGAAAGAAGAAAUCCUUGCACCUCACACUCACUUCUGCACGAUAUGUGGAAAGGGAUUCAAGAGGGAUGCAAAUUUGAGGAUGCACAUGAGAGGUCAUGGAGAUGAGUAUAAGACUGCAGCAGCACUUGCAAAGCCAAACAAAGAAUCCAGCUCCGAACCUAUGCUUAUCAAGAGGUAUUCCUGUCCUUAUGCUGGCUGCAAGAGGAACAAGGAGCACAAGAAGUUUCAGCCUUUAAAGACUAUUUUGUGUGUUAAAAAUCACUACAAGAGAACCCACUGUGAUAAAAGUUACACUUGCAGCAGAUGCCACACGAAGAAAUUCUCGGUUAUUGCAGACCUCAAAACUCAUGAAAAGCAUUGUGGCAAGGACAAGUGGCUUUGUUCUUGUGGCACAACAUUCUCAAGGAAAGACAAGCUUUUUGGACACAUUGCUCUGUUCCAAGGACACACUCCUGCCAUACCCCUUGAGGAAACAAAAGGAAGUGCCAUGCAAGUCGAUCAUGCGAUUGCCAUCGAAGCAACAAAUAAGGUUGGUGUAAACUUCAAUUUUUCUUCCAGUGCUCCAGAUGGAAGCAUGACUCAAAAUAUUAUGGACAUGAAAGGAAGUGUUGAUGAUCCUACAGCAUAUUUCUCGCCAUUGAACUUUGACACAUGUAAUUUUGGUGGGCUUCAUGAGUUCCCUCGACCCCCAUUUGAGGAUACAGAGAGUUCAUUCUCAUUUCUUCUUUCUGGGUCAUGCAAUUACACUCAAAAACUAGGAGGGGAGUCAAGUUCUAAUAAUAAUCUUGAGUGAUUCAGUGGGAUUUAACAGUCUUUUCUUAAUUCCUCACAUCAGAGGCACAUCGUUUCUAAUUUGUGCAACUGUAAGGAGGAGUGAUCCAUGUACUAUUUUAAUAUCUUAGAGUUCAAAUAAAUGAUUUAUUACCUAUUGUAACUUA